CCGCCAGCCGCCUUCAGCCUCCGGCCUGAGCGUGAGCUGAGCCCGGCCGGUCGUGCUGCGCCGAGCCACCGGCGCUGCCGGGAAGAUGGUCGAGGCGCUGAGGUAUGUGUGGCCUCUCCUGCUCUGCAGCCCGUGCCUGCUCAUCCAGAUCCCGGAGGAAUAUGAAGGACACCAUGUGCUGGAGCCGCCUGUCAUCACAGAACAGUCUUCUGUGCGUCUAGUUGUCUUUCCCACAGAUGACAUCAGCCUCAAAUGUGAGGCCAGAGGCAAACCCCAAGUUGAGUUCCGCUGGACAAAGGACGGCAUCCACUUCAGGCCCAAGGAAGAAGAGGGUGUUGUGGUACAUGAGGCGCCCCACUCUGGCUCUUUCACCAUCGCAGGCAACAAUAGCUUCGCGCAGAGGUUCCAGGGCAUCUAUCGCUGCUUUGCCAGCAAUAAGCUGGGCACUGCCAUGUCCCAUGAGAUCCAGCUCGUAGCCGAGGGUGCCCCCAAGUGGCCGAAGGAGACAGUGAAACCCGUGGAGGUGGAGGAAGGAGAGUCGGUGGUCCUGCCGUGCAAUCCCCCUCCUAGCGCAGCCCCUCUUCGGAUCUACUGGAUGAACAGCAAGAUUUUGCACAUCAAACAGGAUGAGCGGGUGACCAUGGGCCAGAAUGGCAAUCUGUACUUUGCCAACGUGCUCACCACAGACAACCACUCGGACUACAUCUGCAACGCGCACUUCCCAGGCACCCGGACCAUCAUUCAGAAGGAGCCCAUUGACCUCCGGGUCAAGGCCACCAACAGCAUGAUUGACAGGAAACCACGCCUGCUCUUCCCUGCCAACUCCAGCAGUCACCUGGUGGCCCUGCAGGGGCGGACGUUGAUCCUAGAAUGCAUUGCUGAGGGCUUCCCCACACCCACCAUCAAGUGGCUCCACCCCAGUGACCCCAUGCCAGGAGACCGUGUCACCUACCAGAACCACAACAAGACCCUGCAGCUCCUGAAUGUGGGAGAGGAGGAUGAUGGCGAGUAUACUUGCCUGGCAGAGAACUCACUGGGCAGUGCCCGACAUGCCUACUAUGUCACCGUGGAGGCUGCCCCGUACUGGCUCCAGAAGCCUCAGAGCCGUUUGUAUGGACCAGGAGAGACAGCUCGCCUCGACUGCCAAGUCCAGGGCCGCCCUCAACCAGAAGUCACCUGGAGAAUCAACGGGAUGUCAAUGGAGAAUGUGACCAUGGACCAGAAGUACCGGAUUGAGCAAGGCUCUCUGAUCCUAAGCAACUUGCAACCCAGCGACACGAUGGUGACACAGUGUGAGGCCCGCAACCGGCACGGGCUCCUGCUGGCUAAUGCCUACAUCUAUGUUGUCCAGCUGCCAGCCACGAUCCUGACGGGAAACAAUCAGACAUACAUGGCAGUUGAGGGCAGCACUGCCUACCUACUGUGCAAGGCCUUUGGAGCCCCUGUGCCCACUGUCCAGUGGCUGGAUGAAGAAGGGACAACGGUACUUCAGGACGAACGCUUCUUUCCCUAUGCCAAUGGGACCCUGGGCAUCCGAGACCUCCAGGCUAAUGACACUGGACGCUAUUUCUGCCAGGCUGCCAAUGACCAGAACAAUGUGACCAUUGUGGCCAACCUACAGGUUAAAGAAGCUACCCAGAUCACACAGGGGCCCCGGAGCGCGAUCGAGAAGAAAGGCUCACGAGUGACAUUCACGUGCCAGGCUUCCUUCGAUCCUUCUUUGCAGGCCAGCAUCACCUGGCGUGGGGAUGGGCGAGACCUCCAGGAACUUGGGGACAAUGACAAGUACUUCAUAGAGGCUGGGCGCCUGGUCAUCCAGAGUCUGGACUACAGUGACCAGGGCAACUACAGCUGUGUGGCCAGCACUGAGCUGGACGAGGUGGAGAGCAGGGCACAGCUCUUAGUGGUGGGGAGCCCUGGGCCCGUGCGUCAGCUGAAGCUGUCUGAUUACCACCUGCUGAAGCAGAGCCAAGUGCACCUGUCUUGGAACCCUGCCGAAGACCACAACUCUCCCAUUGAGAAGUAUGACAUUGAAUUUGAAGACAAGGAAAUGGCUCCUGAGAAAUGGCACAGCCUGGGCAAGGUGCCAGGGAACCAGACCUCUACCACCCUCAAGCUGUCACCCUACAUCCACUACACCUUCAGAGUCACUGCCAUCAACAAAUACGGCCCUGGGGAGCCCAGCCCAGGCUCUGAGACUGUGGUCACACCGGAGGCGGCCCCAGAGAAGAACCCUGUGGAUGUGAAAGGGGAAGGCAAUGAAACCAACAAUAUGGUCAUCACAUGGAAGCCUCUCCAGUGGAUGGAUUGGAAUGCCCCUCAGGUUCAGUACCGUGUGCAGUGGCGCCCACAGGGCACACAGGGCAUCUGGAAGGAACAGACCGUGAGCGACCCCUUCUUGGUGGUGUCCAACACGUCCACUUUUGUGCCUUAUGAGAUCAAAGUCCAGGCAGUCAACAGCCAGGGCAAGGGCCCGGAGCCCCAGGUCACCAUUGGCUACUCAGGGGAGGACUAUCCUGAGACAAGCCCUGAGUUGGAAGGCAUCAAGAUCCUGAACUCAAGCACCGUGCUGGUCAAGUGGUGGCCUGUGAACUUGGCCCAGGUCAAAGGCCACCUCCGAGGAUACAAUGUGACAUACUGGUGGGAAGGCAGUCAGAGGAAACACAACAAGAGGCAUGUCCAUAAAAACCACGUGGUGGUGCCUGCAAAUGCCACCAGUGCCAUCCUCAGUGGCCUGCGGCCCUACAGCUCUUACCAUCUGGAGGUGCAGGCCUUUAAUGGGCGGGGACUGGGGCCAGCCAGUGAGUUCACCUUCAGCACCCCAGAAGGAGUGCCUGGCCACCCCGAGGCAUUGCACCUGGAAUGCCAGUCAGACACCAGCCUGUUGCUGCACUGGCAGCCCCCACUCAGCCACAACGGCGUACUCACGGGCUACGUGCUUUCCUACCAUCCCUUGGACGCGGGAGGCAAGGAGCAGCUGUCCUUCGACCUUCCAGACCCAGAGCUUCGGACUCACAACCUGACCAACCUCAAUCCGGGUCUACAGUACCGCUUCCAGCUUCAGGCCACCACAAAGGAGGGCCCUGGGGAGGCCAUUGUGCGAGAAGGAGGCACCAUGGCCUUGUCUGGGACCCCGGAUUUUGGCAAUAUCUCAGCCACAGCAGGUGAAAACUACAGUGUCAUCUCCUGGGUUCCCCAGGAGGGCCAGUGCAAUUUCAGGUUCCACAUCUUGUUCAAAGCCCAGCCAGAAGGGAAGGUGAGCCCGGACCUUCAGCCUCAGUACGUCAGCUACAAUCAGAGCUCCUACACACAGUGGGACCUGCAGCCCGACACGCAGUAUGAGAUCCACCUGAUGAAGGAGAAGGUGCUCCUGCGCCAGAUGGCUGUGAGGACCAAUGGCACCGGUGCCGUGAGAAUCUCUUCCUCCAGGAGCUUUGCCUCCGAGGGCUGGUUCAUUGCCUUUGUCAGUGCCGUCAUUGUCUUGUUGCUCAUUCUGCUCAUCCUCUGCUUCAUCAAGCGCAGCAAGGGCGGCAAGUACUCAGUGAAGGACAAGGAGGACACCCAGGUGGACUCUGAGGCCCGGCCCAUGAAAGAUGAGACCUUCGGCGAGUACAGGUCUCUGGAGAGUGACAAUGAGGAGAAAGCCUUUGGUAGCAGCCAGCCAUCUCUCAAUGGUGACAUCAAGCCCCUGGGCAGUGAUGACAGCUUGGCAGAUUACGGGGGCAGUGUGGACGUCCAGUUCAACGAAGAUGGUUCCUUCAUCGGUCAGUACAGCGGCAAGAAAGAGAAGGAGGCAGCAGGAGGCAAUGACAGCUCAGGGGCCACCUCUCCCAUCAACCCUGCGGUCGCUCUGGAGUAGUGAGGGCCAGCCAGGUGAGGCUGGCCGAGCUUGGCCCAAAGGCCAGAGGUGCAGGAGAGCCAGUGGCCGAGACACCCAGCCCAAUGCCUGUGCUGUGCCGCUGACCUUGGGAUCGGGGCCCCUCCCUCUCUCAGCAGCCCGUGGGAGGCUUGAAUGGAGCAGAGGAGAGGAACUACUGCCUCGAGUCCCCCUCUUACUACCCGGUCCCCACUUUAUUGCCAAAAUCCAGCUGCAUCCCUUCCUGGGCACAUGUUGCUUUGUCCCAGCACGGGGCGGUUCACCCACACAUCAGGGACCUUCAGGUGCUGCCUUACCGACCUGUUUGGGCAGAAAGGCUGUGGUUUGGGAGAGAGGACAAAAGAGGUGGCCUCCAAAGUGUCUCUGAGAUGCUGUCCUUCUCGCUCACCUUCUGGAGACAGGCGUGGUGGGGUCUCCUCAGGAUCAGGCUUGGCAUCUCUUCCUCUUCUAGCCACUCCCUGGCUAGCCUGACUGGGGACAGAACUCUGCCCCCGCCAUCUGCUUCCUCUUCUUUUCCAUUUCUGCUCCAAUCAAGACAGGGAUCUGAGCAGGCUGGCAGGGGAGGCCAUCUGGAGAGCCCAGAGUACCUGCCCCCCCCAAUAGCACGCUGAGUCCACACACUCCCGCUGCCACCCCACCUUUCAGGAGCUCCACACACAUGCUGCCUUCGGUACCCACCAGACAACAUCUAAGUGGCCUCUGUCACUGCCGGGGGCAGGCACACCUCCUAUACUGCUCCCCGGCCAGGCUUCUCCCGCUGUCAUCAAACCUUAGGACCCCUUAGCAGCCCUGCCUGAGCCCAGUUCUCGUCUUCAGCCCUGUCCCGUCCCCCAUCUUGGGAAUGUAAAUACACCGUGACUUUGAAAGUUUGUCCCCUUGCCCUUUCCCCAUAUGCCACUAGUGUGUAGGCAGAUGUCUGAGUCUCUAGGUGGUUUCUCGUUUUUAUAGCAGUUAGCUUUGAUGAUCCCAUACCAGGAAAAAUAAAAACCGACAAAAAAGACAAAAAAAGGAAGGAUUGGUUCUCCCGGUACUGUUGUGUGCUUCCCUGUAUGCCUUUGCUUGGUCUGUUGAGCCCGCUCCAAAACACAAAAGUAUAUAUAUAUAUGUACAUAAUAUCAGAACUAUAACAGGCAAAUAAAGACCUGGAAAGGAA